CACGUAAUGGCAAUCUCGCCGCCGGGACAUCGUCACCAAAACUGCACGCAUUUUCUUGGGUUGCGGCAAGUUUGCCGUAUCUAUGUUAUGAAUUUUUGGAAUCUUGAGUUUAUAAAGAUAUAGUUGAAAUAUAGCAUACCUAGAAAUCGUGUUUAAAAUGGGAACAAUUUGGUUUUUAAGAACCGGAAUAAAUCGGCAGACACAAAUAUUCGUUGAAAAGAUGGCGACGCGGGACGAGCUCGGUCACGUGAUAAAAAAUUAUUGCGCACCGAAUAUUUAAUUGGAAGUACUCCAACUACAAUAUCUUUCCAGUUUUCGGUUUUAUAUUCAAUAGCAAAUACUGUGAGAUUGUAGUGAUUAAUGUAUUCCUUUUAAAUGUAUCAUUGUGCUUUGGUAAUGUAUUAAAUUAGCUGCUGCAAUAUGGUAAUGAAAGGCGCCCUAUUUUGCUCAAUUAGUGCUUAUUAUGUUUGCAGUAUUUAAUAGGUGGCAGCAGCGUACGGCAGCAAAAUUGUGGAUUUUAUGCAGAGAGCAAAGUGCAUGCAGGGUGUAGAGCAGGAGUGCAGAGAGCUGUUAUUUUGGUGUCUUCUGCAAUCUAGAUGCCAGAUCAAGCUGACCAAAGAGCUUAUGACAAAAUCUUGUGUUCAAACAUGUCAUCAAAAUAAUUGACAUCAUCAUCAUGGAUGAAAUCGCUGGCGAUAUUUAUGGUAGGAAAAAAUGACAUUAUUCGGUGCAUCAAGGAUCCUGAGAAGCCAGAGAAUUUAGAAGAACUAGAGGUGGUUAGUGAAGAGAUGGUUAAAGUUGAACAAUUCCUGGAAGAUACUCUCUUAAUAACAGUGAGAUUCACUCCAACUGUUCCCCAUUGUUCCCUAGCAACUCUAAUUGGUUUAUGCAUGAGGGUGAAACUUGAACGAGAUCUUCCUCAUAAGCACAAGUUGGACAUUUAUAUCACUAAAGGGACCCACAGCACUGAGGAUGAUAUUAACAAGCAAAUUAACGACAAGGAAAGAAUUGCUGCUGCCAUGGAGAAUCCCAACUUGCGGGACAUGGUGAACACAUGCAUUGCGGAUGAUGGCUGAUGGGAGGUGGCUGCAGAACACUUAAUUCAGAAUUUGCGGAAGAUUUGUAUAAAACCUGUCAAUAUUAGAACUAGACAGUUGGACUGCAUGAACAGAAUAAGAUGAUAUACUGUCAAAACAUUCAUUCAAAACAUUGUGAAAGAUAAUUUCAAACUACUCAAUUUUGAAAUUUUUCUGGUUCAGGAUUCACAUGAUUCACUUUUUGCAGGUACUUUAGCAAAUGAGGUUAAUUGGUGCAUUUUACUGUCUGUCAUAUGGUUCUAUGAUCUAAGGCCAUUUUGUGAAAAGAAUAGAACCUGUUUGUUGGAUUGCAUAUUUCUAUUCAGUCAAUGUUCUGAAUUUUCUCAUCAUUUGACAAUGGUGUGUCUGUCAGACUUAAAAGCAUUAGUUGUGACUAAGUCUUUGGUGCUAUGUAUUGAUGUAGCAGUUCCGUAGAAGGAACAAUAAUUGAUUAUUGAAGGAGCUUUCUCAGUCCGUCCAUAAAGGACUUCCUCUUGAAUUACAUGGUUAAUACUGGGGCUUGGCUGUACAUAGUACAUAAGAUUGGUUGGUGGAGGAGGUCCUCGGUGAAGUAUGCCCUUUUCUGAGAGACAGAGAGCUAGUCCAUAUAAAGGGCUAGGGUGGGGGGGGGGGGGGGUUACAGAUCAAGAGUAUGCAAAAUUGCAUUAUGUUUUAUGGAGCUAGUAUAAAUUCUUGUGGAAAUUGGAGGUGUAUGUGCAUGU